AUGGUGAAAAUAAGUUUGAAUAACACUGCUCUAUACGCGGACAUCGACACGACUCCUCAAUUUGAACCCUCCAAAACUACUGUGGCUGAUAUUUUAACCAAAGAUGCCUUGGAGUUUAUUGUUCUGCUGCAUAGGACUUUCAAUUCAAGACGUAAACAGCUCUUAGCUAACAGAAGCGAUUUACAGUCAAAGUUAGAUUCUGGCGAAUACCGAUUUGAUUUCUUGCCAGAAACCGAACAAAUCAGAAGCGACCCCACCUGGCAAGGUGCUAUUCCUGCUCCUGGCUUGAUCAACAGAUCAAGCGAGAUUACCGGACCACCAUUGAGAAAUAUGUUAGUCAACGCUUUGAACGCAGAAGUAACGACAUAUAUGACCGAUUUCGAGGACUCUUCAUCUCCAACUUGGGAGAAUAUGAUUUACGGACAAGUUAAUCUUUACGAUGCUAUCAGAAACCAGAUUGACUUCAAGACACCAAGAAAGGAGUACAAGUUGAAGGAUGACAUUUCAAAACUGCCUACUUUAAUCGUUAGGCCUCGUGGCUGGCACAUGGUGGAGAAACACCUUUACGUGGAUGAUGAACCGAUUAGUGCGUCCAUAUUCGAUUUUGGUUUAUAUUUCUACCAUAACGCUAAAGAGUUAGUUGAAAUUGGUAAGGGUCCUUACUUUUACUUACCAAAGAUGGAGCACCACAUGGAGGUAAAACUAUGGAAUGAUAUCUUUUGUGUUGCGCAAGAUUUUAUUGGAAUGCCCCGUGGUACCAUCAGAGCCACUGUUCUAAUUGAAACCUUGCCAGCCGCCUUCCAAAUGGAGGAGAUUAUUUAUCAAGUAAGAGAACACUCAAGUGGUCUGAACUGUGGUCGUUGGGAUUACAUAUUUUCGACCAUUAAGAAAUUGAGAAACUUGCCCGAACACGUUUUGCCAAAUAGAGAUCUAGUGACUAUGACUUCGCCUUUUAUGGAUGCUUAUGUGAAAAGAUUGAUUAAUACAUGUCACCGCAGAGGCGUCCACGCAAUGGGUGGUAUGGCUGCCCAAAUCCCCAUCAAAGAUGAUCCAAAGGCUAAUGAAGUUGCUAUGAACAAGGUUCGUAAUGAUAAGAUAAGAGAAAUGAAGAAUGGGCAUGAUGGGUCAUGGGUGGCACACCCUGCAUUGGCACCAAUUUGUAACGAAGUUUUCAGUAACAUGGGUACAGCAAACCAAAUAUACUUCGUUCCAGAUGUACAUGUUACAUCAUUUGAUUUAUUGAAUACGAAGAUUCAAGAUGCGCAAGUCACUACGGAGGGAAUCAGAGUAAACUUAGAUAUUGGCUUACAAUAUAUGGAGGCUUGGUUGAGGGGAUCUGGUUGUGUUCCAAUUAAUCAUCUGAUGGAAGAUGCCGCUACGGCGGAAGUAUCGCGUUGUCAAUUGUACCAGUGGGUCAAACAUGGUGUUGUUUUAAGCGACACCGGUGAUAAGGUAACUCCAGAGUUGACCGCCAGGAUAUUAGAUGAAGAGACCACAAAAUUGGCUUCUACAAGUCCGUUAGGUGAAAAGAACAAGUUCGCCCUAGCAGCUAAGUAUUUUUUGCCUGAAGUCACUGGUAAAAUCUUUAGUGACUUCUUGACCACUUUAUUGUAUGAUGAAAUUAUUAAGCCAAGUGCUAAGCCAAUUGACUUAAGUAAGCUAUAG